UGGCUAAGUGAGUGCAACAAAUUUCGCGUGCGAGCUUCAAUCAGGCCGACAACAACACACAAGGUCAUUGAAGUCGACGAGCUCUACAUUCCAUCGAAGAAGGAUAGUUGCGAGCCUGAGAAUCACAUGGCGAGCUACGUGGCAUCUGCACCUAUUAACUCCAUUGCUUUGCCGAAAGAUAUCGAGCAUGCCAUGCCAGCUGCCGACCACUAUAAUCGGCUACUUGCUGUUGAAAAGCGCCUGGAUGCAGCUAUCGCGCGCAAGCGCUUUGAUUUACAGGACUCGCUGAAUCGUCCGCAGAAGGUGAAGCGCACCUUGCGCGUCUGGUGCACUAAUAUAUGCCAUGAUCAAGCAUGGCAAGUUAUGGACGACGGCAUGGGCAUGGAGAUGAAUCAUUUCGACUUCGAAAAUACCGCGAUCCCGGGCUGGACCCUACGUGUAGAAGGGAAUAUCUUGGAGGUCGAUACAGCCGAUAAUCACAAGAAUGCUCCUCUUCCACAAUUUACUGACCUGCUGCGGUCCGUUGUGAUCGAAAGCGCGACGCCGACCACGGAUGAUGCAUACACAGAUGGGCCCUUGUUUGAAUGGCACAAAAAGCCACAGAGCGUUGGACAGCCCCCUGUGGCUUCAUAUCCCGGGAUUGAGUUGAAGCGCAACGGCGACAUGGAUGUGGAUCUGAGGAUCAAGAUUGGGCUAGAUCACCUGCCGGAGAAGUACAAGCUUCUACCCAAGCUCGCCAAGGUUCUUGACAUCUCAGUUGAUACUCGGCCUGGCAUCAUCACUGCGCUCUGGCAUUACAUCAGGCUACACAAGCUCCAAGACUCUGAUGAAAAACGGCUGAUUCAUUGUGACCAGAACCUGCAGGACAUUUUUGGUAUGGAACGUAUCUUCUUCCCAAAGGUGCCAGAGCUCUUGAACAAGCACCUGGAGGCAGUCGAUCCCAUCAUCCUAGACUUCCGUGUUCGAACUGACAAGGAUGUCCAUCAUGCGCCGGCUUGGGAUAUUGAAGUGGAGCUCGAGGACCCUAUCCGACUCCAGAUGCUGGCAGCUUUGAAGAAUCUUGCUCCACCUGCUGCUGGGCACACGACGGCGCUUCUUGAUGAGGAGUUGAUUGACUUGGUCACCUCAGUCGAGCAUAGCAUCAGCAAGCGAGAGUUCAUGAUGAGCUUCAGUGAAACUCCCAGCCUCUUUCUGCAAGACUUUCUGGCGAGCCAGGACCACGAUCUCAAUGUUAUUAUGGGAGAAGUCAGACAUGCCGAUGGAGAGCAGGCUAGACGCGCGUCGUACUACAGUGCACCAGAGUCAAGGCAAUGGCUUCAAGAAAGCGUAUUUGCCUAUCUGGCAGCGAGGCAGCAAUGAUUCAACGUCAACAGUCUCAUUGAUGCGACUGCGUUGUGUGCGGAUAUCACUCAUGCAAGACGUAGGCCAGUGUAUCAAACGCUACAGCCAAAGUGCCAGCAUGGCAGUCACUCUCAUACACUGUGCAGAGCUUUUCGCUUCCAAAGUUGAUCGCUUCAAUAACCAGACAUGGAGUCUGUGCAACGCUGCGAUGGCCGUGCCCGUGUGAAGCGGCAGUAAUUGAGCUUCGAGUAGGUGGCUUGUCUCAUACAUCGUAGCAGCCUCUGUAACGGAGCCUCUGAAUUACUCGGCUGUCAGCAGAGCUGAGAGGUCUGAGCUAAGCAGAGUCACUCUGUUCAAUAGUGUGUUUGUAGUCGAGAAACAGGCAAUUUGAUCUGCAA